GAUAAGUGGUAAAGCGUGAUAAGCAAAGUGGCGUAUUCUAAAUUGAACUUUGUGGUCACGCUGGACACAACGCUAUUGAAGAAAUACAAACAUUUUGCGACACUUAAAAAACAAAAUAAUGUUCGGGGCUGCUCAAUCCACUACGAAUCGUAUGAACGACUUCGAGGUGGCCUCGCCUCCAGAUGACUCCGUAUCAGCGCUAGAGUUCAGCCCAAGCACUCUACAAGUACAGAAGAAUUUCCUCAUUGCCGGCGCCUGGGACAACAGCGUGCGUUGUUGGGAGGUCGAGCAAAAUGGACAAACAGUGCCAAAAUCGAUGAAAACUAUGGGCGGCCCCGUGCUUGAUGUAUGUUGGUCGGACGAUGGCACUAAGGUGUUCAUGGCCUCCUGCGACAAACAAGUAAAACUAUGGGAUCUUGCCGCCGACCAAGUAAUGCAAGUUGCCGCUCAUGAUGGGCCGGUGAAGACUUGCCACAUGGUUAAGGGACCAAACUACACGUGUCUCAUGACUGGUUCCUGGGACAAAACACUAAAGUUUUGGGAUACGCGGUCACCAAAUCCAAUGAUGGCCAUUAAUCUUCCCGAGCGAUGCUAUUGUGCCGAUGUCGACUACCCAAUGGCCGUAGUAGGCACCGCUGGACGUGGUUUAAUUAUAUAUUCGCUAGAGAACAGCCCUACAGAGUACAAGCGACAGGAGAGUCCACUUAAAUAUCAGCAUCGCACAAUUUCCAUAUUUAAGGAUAAGAAGAAAACGCCCACAGGGUAUGCACUGGGCAGCAUAGAGGGACGUGUGGCCAUACAGUAUGUGAAUCCUGUCAAUCCCAAGGAUAAUUUUACGUUCAAAUGCCAUCGCUCGACGGGCACAUCGGGCUUCCAAGAUAUUUAUGCCGUCAACGACAUUGCAUUCCAUCCAGUGCACGGCACUCUGGUGACAGUCGGAUCGGAUGGCACAUUCAGUUUCUGGGAUAAGGAUGCGCGCACAAAGCUCAAGUCCAGCGAGGCUAUGGAUCAAUCGAUCACAAAGUGUGGAUUCAAUGCAAAUGGCCAAAUAUUCGCGUAUGCUGUGGGCUACGAUUGGUCCAAGGGCCAUGAGUAUUUCAAUCCGGCAAAGAAGCCACAGAUCUUCCUGCGAUCGUGCUACGACGAACUGAAGCCACGGGUCAACUGA